AUGCCUCAAGAUCCCGCCGCCGCUCUCAGCGCCUUAUUGCGCCAAUCCACCAUCGAAGACCACGACGAAGUCCUCAAGGCCGCCAAUGCUGCUCUCAAGGCUAACAAGAACGACGUCGACAGUCAGCACACCCGCAUCGUAGCCCUCUUGAAACUCGAUCGCUUCGAGGAUGCCCUCCGCGCCAUCGCAGAUGCGUCCCUCAUACUCCAGCCCCGAAUUGCCCUCGAAAAUGCGUAUGCGCUCUACAAAACCGGAAAACUCAGCGAGGCUACCGCAGUCCUUCAGUCUACUGGUAUAGAGAACAAAAGGGGCUUGCAACAUGCUGCUGCUCAGGUUGCUUACCGCGCUGAGCGUUUCGACGAGGCCUGCAACAUCUAUAAUCGCCUCCUCGAUACCGACCCCGCCGAUGAGGAGAACGACAUCAGCAUCAAUCUUCGAGCCGCUUUCGCCCAGUCCAGCUGGUUGGGGUACUCAAGCGCUGACAAGAUCUCCGUCCAAGACUCUGAUGGAUUCGAAUUGUAUUACAACGCUGCCUGUGCGCAUAUUGCCAGCGGAUCUUUCGAAACUGCUGCUGAUCUGCUGCAACGCGCCAGCAGACUAUGUGAUGCCUCUGAUGACCUCACGGAUGAGGAUAAGCAAGCCGAAACGCGGCCCAUUCUCGCACAGCAGGCGUAUGUCUUCGCAAAGCUGGGCAAGCUCAAGGAGGCCUUCGACCUUUAUAACUCAUUAUCCAGUACAAAAGAUGAAGACCCUGACCUAGCAAUAAUAAUUGGCAACAACCUGGUGGCGUUGGAACCCAAAGCCGAAAACCCCUAUUUGGUUGAGCGCAGGUUCUCUACCUUGACGGCCAAGGAAGGAAAUGCCAAGCUUUUCCAGCAUCAGUCUGAUGUCUUGCAACGCAACAAGCUGACCGUUGAUCUGCAAAUUCUGAAAGGCGCUGGAGUCAAGCGCCGCACUGAUGCAGUACUCUCCGAAGCAAAGCAUCCUUCGACCUCGGCUGAGAUCGGCGUUCUAUCUGUUCUCAAUGCGGCUGCAAGCUCGCAAGGGACUGUAGGAAAACAACUUUUGAAGAAUCUUCAGGGAUUGAUUCAAAAGAGACCACACGACGUCGGCCUCGUGUUAACCAUUGUGCAAAUACAGCUCAACGAGGGACACAUCGGCUCAGCACUGUCUAUACUCGAGUCUUUCCUCCAGCGUCUCGAGAAGGCUGAGACUGAGGAGGCUCAGAAUGCUCGUUAUAGCCCAGGUCUUGUUGCAUUAACUGUCACCCUUUUGCGGGCGCAAGAACGAGACUCUUCCGCAAAGGCCGAACUAGUCAAGGCCGCAGCGCAUUGGCAAUCUCGACAGGCUAGUUCAGCUGUCUCGCUGCUUCAAGAGGCUGGUAUCGAACUGAUGAAAUCGUCCAACGCUCAGGACCUCCAACUCGCUGGUUCAUCAUUCCAAAAGCUCUUCGACGAGCAGAAGGGUUCAGAUGUUGUUACGGCUGGUCUUGUUGCAUCCUUCGCCCCUUCAGAGCCCUCUCGCGUGGAGCAGCAUCUUCAGAGCCUCCCCUCUGUUGAUUCACUUACUGAAGGUAUUGAUGUUGCAUCUCUCCUCAGCGCCGGCGUUGCCACUGCGGCCAACAAAGUCGGAUCCACAACCCUUAAGCGCGCUGCCCCCUCAGGUCCUGCUGAAAAGACAAGCAAGCGCCGUAGAAAGAUCCGUCUGCCCAAGAACUACGUGGAAGGCACCAAGCCCGAUCCCGAGCGUUGGUUGCCAUUGCGUGAUCGAAGUUCAUACCGCCCCAAGGGAAAGAAGGGAAAGAAGAAGGCUGGAGAGUCAACACAGGGCGGUAUGGUGAAGGAAGAGGAGACUUUGGAGCUUGUAGGCGGAGGGGGUGUCAAGGUAGAGAAGGCACCACCGCCUUCCAAGAAGAAGAAGAAGGGCAAGAAAUAG